AUGGCGCAGCCCUGAGUCCGCAAACAGCGCUCCAAAAGUGCGCACAAACUUAGCGACAUGUCGAGAAAAAGUUGUUUUUUUGCCCCGAAAUGUUUCCGUAACGAGCCCCGAGUGAAAGCCCCGCGCGAGGAGGCGAGUUUCAGCGGGAAAAGGGCCGAGAGAGCGCGGGAAAUGAGCUGUCAUCCUGGAGCAGAAACAAACAUGGCUCCUGCUGCUUCGGGCGGAUCUUUGCCUGGUUCUGAUCUUCGCCGCUGACCGUCCGGGCUUGGCUCCUGUUUGGCUCCUGUUCGGCUCUCGUUCGGCUCCUGUUCGGCUCUCGUUCGGGAUUCUUCUGAGCAGCGUCGACUUUAAACUCGUGGAUUAAACUCGUGGAUUUAUCGAUUUGUUUUGGAGCUUUUGGUGCUGGACGCAUGGAGCCUAAACACAGGGCGCUGCUGGAGAAGUGUUCCCCGGACCUGGUGGAGCAGGUCACGGACCCGGACCGGCUCGUGGACGCGCUGGUUCGGUCCGGAGCCAUGUCUCAGUCUGAAGGGUUCGAGCUCGGACACAGCUGCUCCUCCAACUCGGAGAAAGUGGAGCUGCUCCUGAAAAUCCUGCAGAGGAAGGACACGGACUGUUUCAUGGAGUUUUGCGCGGCUCUGGAGACCGUGCAUCCGCGCGUGCACGCGCUGCUCCUGGACCGGACCGGACCGGACCACUCCACCGGCUCCUCGUGCAGCGUUCUGUCCAUGAUGCCGUCAGACUCUGAGAGCAGCAGCUCCCUCAGCAGUUUGGGUACCCCGGCCCCAGCCUCCUCUCCUCCCCCCACGCUCCUGGAGGGCCCCCUAGUGGUCAGUGAGAAGAUUGAGACCGUCCUUUUCCAGCUGCGACAGGUGACACGCGAGAGAGAUGAGCUGCGCAAACGGCUCGCCCUGUCGUCUCCCGGGACGACUUUUGACGACUGCAGACCAAACUCCAAACAGGGCCACGAUUACGAGCGCUUGAAGCUGCAGUGUCUAAAGGCGAUGGCCGACCUCCAGUCUCUGCAGAACCAGCACAGCAGCACUUUGAAACGCUGUGAGGAGGCAGUGAAGAAGGCAGACUUUUACCAUACUUUGCACAGCCGUGUGGUCAGUGAGCACGCUCAGAUGAAGGAGGAGUUGGAGCUGGUGAGACAGGACAACAUGCAGCUCGUCCAGGAGCUGAGGAUGCUGCACCAACAGGUGAUGAGAGAGGGCUCCUCUGAGGUUCUGACCAAACUGUACGACAGCGCCGUGGACAAGUUUGAGGCUUUGAAAUCGGACUAUGAGACUCUGAGGAAACGCUACAACGACAACAUGGCCAAUCACAACGCAGACCUGAGCAGACUGGACCAGGCCGAGGAAGAAAACCAUCAACUCCAGAAACAACUGGAGCUUCUGCUCAAGCAACGAGACGCCGCCUUCCACUACCAGCAACAGUACUGCUCUGCACGCAGGUUCGACUCUGCUCACCUGGAGCUGUCAAAGGCCACGGCUCAGAACAAGGAGCUGCAGAGGGAGAUGGAGCGACUCCAGACUGAAACCACCAGACUGAAAACUCAGCAGCUCAAAGCUUUGUCUGAGUGUGAGAAAUACAAGGACGAGCGCGACUCGGUCAUGUGCGAGUAUCGGCUCAUUAUGAGCGAACGCGAUCAGGUGAUCAAAGAAGUCGAUCGGCUACAGACCGGACUGGACACGGCACAGGCCAAACUCAAGAACAGCUGCUCCGAACGAAGAGUGGCCAGUGAAGAGAUGGAGGCGCUCAGACAGGAGUUGGCGUCGGCGUUAGUCGACCGAGAUCGUGCGAUCUGUGAGAAGAACGAGCUGCUGGAGAAAUACUGCGACGAAGUGAAGAACAAAGCAGAGACUCAGAAGGAGCUGAACCAGGCCUUUAAAGACCUCGAGACUCUGAAGGACGAGAGAGACGUGGCUCGAAAGGAGAGGACAGAAGCCAUUAUACAGAGAGACCGGCUCCUCAGGGAGUACUACCAGGCCAGACAGAAACAGGACUCUGCGACUCUGGACCUGGAGCGUGUGAACAAAGACCUGGAGGUGUCGAGGAAACAGUUUGACGCGAUCUCUCAGGAGCUGAGGGACGCUCUGCAGGAGGCCGACGUCGCCAAGUGCAGACGUGACUGGGCCUUUGACGAGAGAGACAAGAUCGUGGCGGAGAGAGAGAGCAUACGGACGUUAUGUGACAACCUGAGGAGGGAGAGGGACCGAGCCGUGAGCGAGCUCGCCGACGCUCUGAGGAACCUGGACGACACGAGGAAACAGAAGAACGACGCAGCGCGAGAACUCAAAGAAAUCAAAGAGAAGAUGGAGAACCAGUUUGAGAAGGAGGCACGGUUUCAUCAGCUCAUAGCCCACAGCUCUCACGACUCGGCCAUCGAUACAGACUCCAUCGAGUGGGAAACGGAGGUGGUGGAACUGGAGAAACAAAGAGACAUGGAUUUAAAGGCCCUUGGGUUCGACGUGUCAGAGGGGGUCAGUGAUCCAUAUUUACCUGGAGACUGUGGUGUUUUUGUGAGUAAAGUCGACAAAGGCAGCGUCGCUGAAGGAAGACUGAGAGUGAACGAUUGGCUGUUGAAAGUGAAUGAUGUUGACCUGACCAAUAAGGACAGGAAGCAGGUGAUUAAGGCGGUGCUUAGCGGCGAGGGCAUUCUAAAUAUGGUCGUGAGGAGGAGGAAGUCUCUGGGAGGACGCGUCGUCACACCUGUUCAGAUCAGCCUGACCGGGAGCAAAGAAAGUGGGAUUGGUUUAGAGAGUGGAGUGUUCGUUGCGGCUCUGGCCCCUGGGAGCCCAGCUGCCAGAGAAGGAGCUCUGAACGUCGGGGACAGACUGUUGGCUAUAAAUGGAAUUGCGUUGGAUAACAAGUCUCUGUCUGAAUGUGAGUCUUUACUGAGGAGCUGUGGUGAUGCUGUCAGCGUCUCUCUCCUGAAGAUUUUCCCUCAGAGCUGUUCGGGCCAAAGUCUCUUAUUCGAAAGCUCUCGGGAUUCUGUGCCUCGUCUCCAGUCAUGUGACCUCAGAAAUAUAAAACACAACAACAGCGCCACCUGCCCCAAAUCCAACUGCCCCCACCACCACGAAAACGGCGACAGUGAACACGAGAGUAACCACAGCAACCACUCGUAUUCAAAUCGUUUACAUUCUCGGUCUUUGUCCCAUAAUGCAUCACCCCGUUGUCCUUCAGAAAAUCACCCAGAUUACUGCUACAGAAGACGAGACCUCGCACAUCCACCGAUCAUGAGCUUUAACCAAAUGUCUACAGACUUUGCCCCUCCCCCAGUCAACAUAGAUCGAAACACAGCUCCACCUAGUGGCGGUACAUGGCCUAAAGUUAUGGUCGGUGCGUCUAUCCCAGAAUGCACUUCUUUCAAUCUUUCAAUUUUCAAAAAACCCAAACAAAGAAAGUCUAUAUUUGACCUCGGAGCUUUCAAGAGACCGGACACCGCUCCCAAACUGGAUUACGUUUCCCUGUCCCACGCGCCGAAGCUUUCCCCACAGAGUUCCAUCUCAGAAAAUCCUCCCACUCCGCCAACGAGAAGUGAUUCGUUCAGAUUUAAACACAGACAACAAAACAGCUCCGCCUCCGAUUCUACAAUAACCACCGGUACGCCCCCUAUGUCUCCGACCGGGAUUGCACCUGGACUGCAUGACGGGGAGAGGGAGGGGGAGGGUCAGCAGUUGUAUUCGGAUACAGGGGCGGGGGAGGGAGCGGAGAGAGCGGGGGAGGAGGAGGGGGGGAGAAAAAGAGCGGAGACACAGAGAGAGAGAAACAGAGAGAGACGCUAUAGACCCAAGUCGGCCCCAACGUCGAGGAACGUCACGCCACUGCACAUAUCCAUGCCCAUGCAGGUGCAGAGUUUUUCAAAUGACGAGCACUCACCUGAACCCGUCGACCUGCUACGUUUUUCUCCCGUGAGGAGCAACCGUUACAGCCUCCCCUUCUCCCCCCCGAACUACAGCACCAUCUCUGGACAUGCGGCGCAGAGAGGCCCCUCCCCCUGCUCCGCCAUCACCGCGGUGAUGAGGAACCCAGUUUACACAGCAUGGAGCCAUGAGGUCCAGAAUAACUCCACGGUCCAGUCACUCACCAGCCCUCAGCACCAGGGCCGUGUGAGUUUGGACCUGAACCUCAAACGCUCUGAAGACGUUGGCGAGAUCAGCGCGGCCUCACACAACUCGAACUGUCUCCCCUCCAGCAACAGAACAGGAGCUGCUUCUUUAGGACAGUUCAAGAGAAUCAAAAUCCCUCUGGUUCGACAUCCUCGCUCCUCCGGCUCUGAUAGAGGCUCUCUGUCCCACUCGGAGUGCAGUAGCCCCACCCCUCCCACGUCCCCUGUAAAUCUGGACACUUCCUCGUUCAGCAGCAGCCAAUCACAGAGCUCGAUUUCACCUCAGCCGCGAGUAUCCGUGAGCCCCGCCUCUCUGAGCGACAGGAGGAAAGACGGGCCGUACCUGGGGGAGCCUCGUAACGUGACGGUGCAGAAGGGGGCGGAGCCUCUGGGUAUCUCCAUCGUGAGCGGAGAAAAUGGAGGCGUGUUUGUGUCUAAAGUGACCGCGGGCAGCAUCGCUCACCAGGCGCACCUGGAGUUUGGAGACCAGCUCCUGGAGUUUAACGGGAUAAACCUGAGGAACGCCACCGAGCAGCAAGCGAGGAUUGUGAUUGGACAACAGUGUGAUACGGUCACUAUUUUGGCCCAGUACAAUCCUCACAUGUUUCAGCUCGGGAACCACUCACGAUCAGGUUCUCGUUUGGAGUCGAUCAGUAACCAGCCCACGCCUCUGGACAGCGGCGGCACGACCCCGGAUCACCUGUCGUCUGCUGAGGCUCUGAGCGAACAGGAAGAAGGAACCAUGACCCCUCCUUCCAAGCAGACCACCCCCGCCACCAGCCCCAGUGGCUCGUUCAGGUUGGGCUCGGGGCCUCACAGACAGGCGGAGGUGCGGGUGGUGCGGUUGAAGCGGGUACAGGGGGACCUCGGCGUGCAGCUCUGUGGAGGAAACAUCACUGGAGCGUUUGUGGAGAGUCUGGAUGAGGACAGCGCCGCCAAGUGUCCAGAUGGACUACUGCCUGGAGACCUCAUGCUGGAGUGCAAUGGCGUCAGUUUGAAGAAUAAGACGAAAGAGGAGGUUUACCUGGAGAUGCUCAAAUCUGCAGAAAACGUCACGUUUAAAGUUCAAAACUGUGUGAAUGAGCUGCAGGCGGUCAGAGAUCGGUCAGAAGACGGGUCAGGGGACGGCUUUUACAUCAGAGCACUUUACGAGCGCGUGGCUGAGGUGGAGCAGGAGCUGAGUUUUAAGAAAGAUGAUAUUCUUUAUGUGGACGACACUCUGCCCAAUGGGAACCUGGGAUACUGGUCGGCAUGGCAACUGGACGAGAAGGCCCACAGGCUCCAGAGAGGCCAGAUCCCCAGCCAGUACAUCAUGGAUCAGGAGUUGUACCGCAGACAUGCUCCCGACAGUAAAGACGACAGCAGUAAGUCUCUGUCGGCAGCAGCACGGCGCUCGUUUUUCAGACGUCGACAGAAACACAAACGAAGCAACUCCAAGGAUGCCAAGGACAACGUGGGGCUGGACGCCAUCAGCACAGAGUCCUUCCCCAUCACAGAGGAUGGUGUGUGUCUAGUGUACCAGCACGUCCUGAAGGUGGAGCCGUUGAGUCCUCGUCCUGUGUUGAUCUUUGGGCCUUUGGUGGAUCCAUGUAAAGAUCACCUCAUUAAAGAGUCCACCAAGUUCUGCCGCUGCCCUCAUGAGGUGAUGAAGGCGUCCCAACAGGCCAUAGAGCGCGGCGUUCAGGACGGCGUCUUCAUCGACUUCAGACGGAGGAGCGGCCAUUUUGAUGUGACCACCGUAGCCACCAUUAAAGAAGUCACAGAAAAGGACUGUCACUGUUUGCUCGACAUCGCCCCCUACGCCAUCGAACGCCUCCACGCCGCUCACAUCUACCCCAUCGUCAUCUUCAUCCGCUACAAGAAUGCCAAACAAAUCAAGGAGCAAAAGGACCCCGUUUACCUCCGGGACAAACUCUCUCAGAAACAUUCCAAAGAACAGUUUGACGCCGCUCAGAAAGUGGAGCAGGAGUUUGGGCGUUUCUUCACAGGUGUGGUUCAGGGUGGUGGCGUCUCCUUCGUUUGCUCUCAGAUCCUCAGUUUGGUGGAGCAGGAGCAGAGCAAAGUGCUGUGGAUCCCAGACGGACCUCCAUAAUGGAAAAAGCCUAUUCACCCCGCUCAGCCAAUCAGAGCCUGCCCUCAGAUCACGUGACUCUGUUUAUAUUUAAAGUAUGGUUACGGUACCAUUCAUCACUAUGUCGUUUUUUAACCCACCACAGAAAAAGCUUUGAGAUGAGAGUAAAAUGGAAAAAGUGAUCUUUUAAUGACACAAGCCUUUUAUUAGUUUAAUAUAAUCACAGUUUAAACAUGGACUUAAACUGACACAUCAGCACUUUUGAACGGACUUUAUUUGUAGCAUCUGACAACCCAAAGUGAGGAGCUCAUUCUGCUUCUGAUUGGAUAAUUGGUUGACUUGAAUCUGAACACAAAAUGUAAACCACUGCAUCUGAUUAAAUGUUUUUUUUUUGUAAUUAAUGUGAAUAAAUCGGCAUUAGAUUUUUAACAUUUUAACAUGUUUACUUAUAUGAGGACACACAGAAGUCACGUUUAUGAAAUGAGUAUAACCCCAAUAAACAAAAGGCCAAAACACGGCUAUUUCCUUCUCAUAAUUUACAAAACAUUUAUUAUUUUUAAAUAGUCACUUGUGUCCCUUUAAUCCUCAGCCCUCCCUUUAACGCUGCUGACGUCACGCCACAAAAACACACUGAGAACAGAUCUGUUUACAAGAUUCACACAAACAAGGACUGUCUAUAAAAGUGGACCAAAGACUUUAGGUACUGUUAGCAUUAGCUCUGAGGGUACUGUUAGCAUUAGCUCUGAGGGUACUGUUAGCAUUAGCUCUGAGGGUACUGUUAGCAUUAGCUCUGAGGGUACUGUUAGCAUUAGCUCUGAGGGUACUGUUAGCAUUAGCUCUGAGGGUACUGUUAGCAUUAACUGUGAGGUUACUGUUAGCAUUAGCUGUGAGGGUACUGUUAGCAUUAGCUCUGAGGUUACUGUUAGCAUUAGCUCUGAGGGUACUGUUAGCAUUAACUAUGAGGUUACUGUUAGCAUUAACUAUGAGGUUACUGUUAGCAUUAGCUCUGAGGUUACUGUUAGCAUUAGCUCUGAGGGUACUGUUAGCAUUAACUAUGAGGUUACUGUUAGCAUUAGCUCUGAGGGUACUCUUAGCAUUAGCAAUGAGGGUACUGUUAGCAUUAG